AUGGGGGAUUCUUCUUACGGCACGCGUGAAUUGCCCACAUCCAAUGCCUUCCCAGAAUCUCCUAUUCCUUCAGAGGUUGGGAAACCACCUAGGCGGGCCAAACGACCAAAGGAAAAACCUUGUGCUGCUGCUGUUUCUACUGCUUUCACCAUUCAGAAAGGGUGUGUUCACCCUCCUUGUGGUGUUGCUGUCUCUGCCGCUCCCACCACUAAGAAAGGGUGUAUUCACCCUCCUUGUGGUGCUGCUGUUUCUGUUGCUUCCACCACUAAGAAAGGGUGUAUUCACCCUCCUUGUGGUGCUGCUGUUUCUGCUGCUUCCACCACUAAGAAAGGGUGUAUUCACCCUCCAUGUGACACUACUGCCUCUGCUGUUACCACCACUAAGAAAGGGUGUAUUCACCCUCCUUGUGGUGCUGCUGCCUCUGCUGUUACCACCGCUGAGAAAGGGUGUAUUCACCCUCCUUGCGGUACCGUUGUCUCCCCUGCUGCUACUCUUAAAAAUGAUAAUAAUUAA